AUGUCAUUCAAACUGCCGCUUGACCUCCAGAAUGACUACGUCAAUCCCUACAAUCGCUCCCCUACAAGGACCCCCAAGUCUCCAAGGAGCCCGUUGAUAAACGAUAGUCCGAUUAUCCCCAAAUAUAAGAUGAUGCCACAAGUGGCGAAAAAGGCGCUGUACAAUAUGAAAGCAGUCGUGGUAGGUGACGGUGGAUGUGGUAAAACCUGUCUUUUGGUGAGUUACGCCCAGAACAAGUUUCCUGAGAUAUAUGUGCCCACAAUCUUCGAAAACUACGUCACCAGUGUGCAGUCGCCCAACGGGAAGACCAUUGAAUUGGCAUUGUGGGACACAGCGGGCCAGGAGGAGUACGACCGCUUGAGACCAUUAUCGUACCCUGACUCUGAUGUGAUUAUCAUCUGCUUCGCCUUGGACAACUUGACGUCUUUGCAGAAUAUCAAAGAUACGUGGUUUCCCGAGGUGAACCACUUCUGCCCCGGUGUGCCUGUUUUGCUUGUGGGCACCAAGUCUGACUUGCCCAAUGACAUUGACCCUGACAUACCGCUUCAGCUUGCACACGAAAUCAAUGCCAUUGGCUACAUCCAAUGCUCGGCCAAGACCAUGUUCAACAUCCAGGAUGUGUUCAACUUUGCACUCAACCACUUUCAGAAAGGCAAGGAGAUGGAGGAGCAGGUGGAGAAGUCCAGAAACAGACUCAGCAGGGUCAUGGGCGGCAGCCACCUGCGAAACCACCUGAGAGGCAAUCUGAGAGGAGGUCAUUCUCGAACAGGCAGUAAUAAGAGCAACAAGCAUUUCCCGCAUGCUUCGGUUGGGCUGAGUGUGCUUUUGGACCUGCCCCUUGUGGAGGACGAUUAUCAGCGAAACCCGUACGAGCUGAGUCCCAACCCGCAACUGAAGUAUAAUGAGGACGAGUUGGCGUUUGCACGGAGGAAGAAGAGCAGCCGCAAGUGUGUGAUAUUGUAG